CUAACUGAAGCUUGCGUCUUCCAGGAAAGGUUCUUUAUUUCCAUAAUUUAACAAAUACGACCAUGAUUUAGUUGCCAUCAAUGAAUUGUUCUUGAAAUUAUAGUAAGAUCCAAUAACGGGUAUGACGGACUAUCAUUGCUCAAUAAAUUGAUUUUUUUUUAAGCUGUGAUUGAAUUUCCCGCUGCGAUGCAUGCAUAAAGGCGGGAGGCUGUCUGCUUGUGAGUACGCAGUGUGUCCCUCUUAACAUGCAAGUUACACAUAUUGGAUCUAGAGAACAUGGGAAAAUAUGGCACCGAAAAUUAGUAUCAUCAAAAUGUGGCGCCUUAGUCACUCUUGAUUCGAAGCGCGUCUGCUCGUCAAACCAAGACAGUUGGAUUCCUGCAAUUGGCAUUUGACAUAACAGGAGAGUCGUUUCUCGCUGGCUAUCACCAUGGCAAUAUCUAUGUGUUUGACAUAAGCAAAGACAGAUUUAAGUUGGUCCAGAAAACAGGCCAAGCAUGUACUGCCUUAGCUUUCAACUUGAGACGAACGAGUUCCUGGUUACUCUUGCUGAUUACUCCAUUAAAUGCUUUGACAAAGACACCAGGCAGUUGGUGAGCUGGAUGCGUGGUCAUGAGGGGGCUGUUUCUUCACUGUCCAUCCACAGCUCUGGCUGCUAUGCCAUCAGCACUUCAUUGGACACAACUCAGCUCUGGAAUCUUGACACCUUCCAGAGAAAGAGGAAACUCAAUAUUCCUCGAUCAGUUGGUAUACAAAAGCUGUAUUAACACCCUUACUGACAUCCACCCCAGCUCCACGCUGAGUGACUUUGAGCCUCUGACACAGGAGCAGUAUCCCGUCUUUAACAAAUACCCCACUUUCAUAGUGGAGUACCAGUCACAAGAACGUGAUAGGAUCCGUCAGCAGGAAGUGGAAUAUCUAAGAGAGAGACAGGAAAUUCAGGAGCUGCAUGCUGAAGCAGUCAGACACCAGGCUGAGUUUGAGGCCUGGUACAAACAGCAGGAACUGCUACUGCAAGGAGAGGAGCAACGUAGUAGGAUCCUACAGGAAGAAGAAAAUAAACUUGCACAGCAGAGAUCUAGAUUGGCAGCUAUGAAUCGUGAGUUAAAGGUGAAGGAACUCCAUUUGAUUGCCAGAACACGUUUUCUAAAGCACCAACAGGAUCAGCACAGUAACCAGCUGAAGAGACUUGAUGAUGAAAUUCAGAGAAAGCAACUGGCCAAAGAGCAGGAGCGGGUGAGUCAGGAGAUGAGAGAGGAGGUGGUAAAAUGGAGUCGUAAGGCAGAGAUAGAAGAUUAUACCCUUCACAAACUUAUUGAGACAGAUGCUGAUCUCAGCCAGAAACACAAGAUACUCUGGUCUCUGGCAGAGUCGGGCAGAUGGAAGUGGAUGCCGAUUGGCAGGCUGAGGUAAACAAGCGAUUGGUGAAAGCAGAGGAGAGGCAGAAAAAGCGAAGAGAACAACUGGCAAACCUCAGCAAACAAACACUUGCUAAGGAAGAAGAAAUAGUUAAGCUAAUGCUGGAAGUGGAGGGAAAGCAGAUCAUCAGAAGGAAAAAAGGCCAAUGUUCCUGCUCUUCCAGAGGGCUGCUGCGCAAGACCCAGAGUGAGACCACCAACAUUUCCUUGAACAAUCAGUCCCGCUCAAAUGAUUCUUCUUACUUUUCUUUAGAUCGUGGCCGAGGGGAGCUUGACUGUAAGGAAAGGGAGUUGAUGCAGGAAAUCAGAGAAUUAAGGACAAAACUAGCUUCCAGGGUCAGAGUGACUGACCUCGCCUUCAGCCAGCUCUAUACUCUCACUGACCAGGGUCAAUGUGGCGGAACCAGGCAUUUUUUGACUUGCAUUGACAUUAAUUCUUACUGGACAUAGA